AUGGAGGUCUCUCUACCCCUAGGUCUCCAAAAACUCCCUUUUAUCCCAGCAAAAAUCCAUGAAUCAGAACGUUGGAACUCAAUAAUUAAACAACAUACUAAACUAAAAGAUGACCACGCUAUACUCGCUACAUACACCCAGAUGGAAUCUUUGGGUAUUUUGCCCGAUAAUUCCACUCUGCCUCUGGUACUCAAGGCAUGUGGCCGGCUAAACGCCACUGAACGAGGCAAGAAGAUACACAAUGCUGUUUUGAACACGGAUAUGGUUUUUGAUAUUCGUGUUCAGACGGCUCUUGUGGAUUUCUACUCAAAAUCCGGGAUGUUGCACAAUGCACUUAAUGUGUUUGAUGAAAUGACUGACAGAGAUGUGGUUUCAUGGAAUGCUAUGAUUUCUGGGUGUGUUAGUUGUUCCAAAUACCAACAAGCUCUGCUUUUGUUCUCUCAUAUGCAAAAGGGGAAUUUAAAAGCGAAUUCGGUAACUAUUGUUGAGCUACUUCGGGCUUGUCGGGAGCUGUUGGAGUUAAGGCUUGGGAAGGAGAUACAUGGGUAUUGUUUGAGGCAUGGUUUGUUUAAUUCAAAUCCUCAUGUGGAUUCUUCUUUAAUGGGGUUUUAUUUGAAAUUUGAUCCACGGACUGCUUGUUCUGUUUUUGAAACGCUGGCUUCAAGAAACACGAUAAGUUGGAAUACUAUGAUAAGUGGGUAUGUUGACCAUGGAGAUUGCUUGAAAGCUCUGCAGCUUUUCAUUCUGAUGCUCAAGGAUGGAUUCGAGUGUGAUCCUGUCACAAUGUUAGUUGUCAUACAGGCCUGUGCUGUAUUCGGAGAUCUAGAACUGGGAAUGCAAGUUCAUCAACUGGUUAUCAAAUUUGGUUAUAGCAAUAUAUAUAUAGUUAAUGCAUUGAUGAAUAUGUACAUCAAAUCUGCAGAUUUAAGAUCUUCUUAUGAGCUAUUUAACUCAAUGCCAACUAGAGAUGUUGCUUUGUGGAAUUCUAUGUUAUCUUGUUAUGUUGCAAGCGGGUUCAUCGAGGAAUCAAUAAAAUUGUUAACCGAGAUGCAGUUGGAGGGCAUUCAGAUAAAUGAACGGACCAUAGUCAUCAUGCUGCCUCUAUGUGCUGAUCUUUCCGGUGGUUUAGUUAAUGGUAAAAGCUUACAUGCUUAUGCCUUUAAGAUUGGCAAGGAAAGGAACACGCAUAUUAGUAAUAGUUUGGUGAAUCUAUAUGCAUCUUUUAACUGUAUUCAAGAUGCCACAAGGAUUUUUACUACAAUAAAGGACUUGGAUGUAAUUUCAUGCAAUGUUUUCAUCUCUGCUUUGGCCCAUAAUGAUCUGACAGUUCAAGCUUGGGAAAUUUUCACCCAGAUGUUAGAGAUGGAAAUUAAACCGAAUUCUCAUACAGUAACUUCGAUUCUUGCUCUUUUUGAUGGUGUAGAACUUUUGAAUGUUGGCAGAUCCAUCCAUGCUUUCAUGAUGAAAUGUGGGAUCCAGAUUGAUGCAUCUUUAAACACGGCACUGACAGAAAUGUAUAUAAAUUGUGAUGAUGAAACAACUGGUAGGAGCUUGUUUGAGAAUUAUCCCAAUAAAGAUUUGAUCUCUUGGAACACAUUGCUUUCCACUUAUAUCAAGAACGAUCAAGCCAACAAAGCUUUGCUUCUUUUCCACCACAUGAUCUCAAGGGUAAAACCGAACUGUGUCACUAUCAUAAACGUUCUUUCUUUGUAUACUCAUCUUUCUAAUCUCCCUCAAGGUCGAUGCUUACAUGCUUAUACGUUAAGAAGAUUUUCAUCAUUGGAUCUUGAUUUAUCUCUUGCAAAUGCCUUCAUAACUAUGUAUGCAAGAUGUGGUAGUUUGGAAUAUGCUGAAAAGAUCUUCCAUAUUUUACCAGAAACCAACAUCAUUUCUUGGAAUGCUAUGAUUGCUGGUUAUGGAAUGCAUGGACAUGGUGAUGAUGCUAUGUUAACCUUCGAUAAAAUGGUCAAAAAAGGAGUUAGACCAAAUCAGGUAACGUUCAUCUCUGCUUUAUCUGCUUGUAGCCAUUCUGGUAUGAUACAUAAAGGCUUACAACUUUUUGAUUCAAUGGUUCAAGAUUUUUGCAUAACCCCUGAACUGGUACAUUAUGCUUGUGUGGUUGAUCUUCUUGCUCGUGGUGGGUUCUUAAAUGAAGCCAAAAAUGUUAUCGACACCAUGCCUAUGGCACCAGAUGGCUCCGUUUGGAGAGCCUUGAUUGGUGCUUGUCGAGUUUAUUCCGAUACCCAUCUGGCUAAAACUGCUUCUGAAAAGCUUAUCGAAUUAGAACCAACAAAUCCUGGGAAUUAUGUGUUAUUAUCCAACAUUUAUGCUGCUGCUGGUCUUUGGUCUGAGGUCAAAAACUUGAGAUUGAUUCUUGAAAACAAGGGUUUGAAGAAGCCAGCAGGUAGAAGUUGGAUUGUUAUCAAAAGUCAACUUCAUUUUUUCGCAGCAGGAGAUAAAUCACACCCAGAAUCUGAAAAUAUUUACGAAAAGUUGACUUAUUUGUUGACUUUGGUUAAAGGAAUGGGGUAUGUUCCUGAUUUGAGGUGGGUUCUUCAUGAUGAAGAUAAUGAGAGAAAAAUGGCAAGGCUUUCAAGUCACAGUGAGAAACUGGCAAUUGCAUUUGGAUUGAUCAGUUUAAGCAGUGGUUCACCAAUCUUGAUUUCCAAGAACCUAAGGAUUUGUGGUGAUUGCCAUGAAUUCUGCAAGUAUGUCUCAAAGCUUUCACGAAGGACCAUAAUUCUCAGGGAUGCUAGUCGUUUUCACCAUUUCAUCGAUGGGUUCUGCUCUUGCAAAAACUACUGGUAAGACUUAUUACUGUUAAAAUUCUUUUGUAAUUGACUAUAUAUAGG